CCACCACUCUAAUAAAAAAGGAAAAAAAAAUAAUACUGCUAAAAUGUAAAACCCUCUCUCCCUCCCUCUCUGUCUCUCUCUGAUAAGUAAGACCUUUCCAAAAUCAAAUUUCCAAAAGCCAAAACCAAAUUCAAAGUUGUGUUAAAACGCAGAACCCCAUUCUGAUAUCCGUAGUAUAAUUAUAUCAAACCCUACAAGUAAAAACCACCUGUCUUGAACAUGGUAUGAAUACAUGUGAAUGAUGCAGACCGUAAGAGGAGGAAGGGUAUUUUGCUCAAAGUACGCCGCAACUCCUGCCACAUUGGUUGCUGAGGCAAGAAAUAUAGUGCGGCGUGGAAGAUCUUACGCCGCUUCUCUUCCUUCUGGCACUCCGCAGCGAAAAAGAGUCUCAAAGGAUGAACGGCGAGCUUUGAUCGAAUCUUUCGUCACCAGAUAUAGAUCAAUGAAUGCCGGGAAAUUCCCAUCUGUAACUGCGGCUCAAAAAGAAGUGGGUGGCUCUUAUUAUUUUGUUAGGAAAAUCCUUCAAGAGUUGGAGUAUGAAUCUAAAGUAUGUUCCUCAAACAGCAGUUAUCAAAAUAUAUCAGGAAAAGUUGUCAAUAAAGAGGAUAAAUCAUUUGCCGUAGUUGAAGUGGUCUCAACUGCAGUUGGAGUCCAAGAUGACACUUGCACAGAAGCUACGGAUGAUGUAAAGAUGCUUGAAACCAAUAACAAUCAACUGGAGGCUGACAGAGUGUUGCAAGGUUAUACCUUAGCUGGGGAGACAUUUUCUGAAGUGGUUCUAAUGCCCCAAACUCCAGGCAGUCAUUGUGAGUUUGUUUUAGAAGAAAAUAACAUGCUGAAAGAUGAUGCUAAGAGUCUUGAGAAACAAGAGGAUGAUAAAUUAGAGGAUUCUGGGAUAGCUAGUUCUGAUAAAUUUCUAAUGUUUGUGGAUGAACAAAAAAUUGUGGAAGCUUCUGAUCAACAUAUUGAAUCAGAAGAGUGCAAAAUUGAGUCUCAGGGUGUUCCGUCAGAUUUUGGUGUAGUAGAAGGUGAUCUACUAAGAGAAGAAACUGAGAUGGGAAAUACAGAGGAUGAUGAAAAGGAACAAACUGUAUCUAAAGAGUUACUAAAUUCUGGUAGUCCAGAGCUUGAGGCUGAGCACCAGCAACAAUUCCCAGAAGAGGAAAAAUAUGCGAGGAACCUCUCUAGUGUGCAGAGCGAUGAUGGAGAAAGUUCCAAGAAGUCAACUCUUUGGGGGAACCUUAAGUCAUUUGCUGAUGGCAUUAUCAAUAUAUGGAGAAAGCUGUGAAUCGUUUUAGGUAUCACUAGUUGAAAGUCGCAAAUUUUUAUCAAAUUAUGAAAUCAGUCUCUGUAUUCGGGCAAGAAUCACAAUUUAGUCCUUUUGAACUAAUUUAGUCAAUGUACUUUUUUAGGAUGUACGAUAUCGGUUCAAAAUGUAGCAGAAUUGAAAUCAUCUUUUAAGUUAUGGAUGUGGUAAUUUUAUUUUUAA